GCAGCCCUUAAAUUUCCUCUAUAAAUACCAGCUCCCUUCCGUCUUCUUCCAUCACCAGCCAUACCGCGACAAACGAGAGUAGAAACAGAGAUCAACGAGAAGAGAACUCUGCAGCAAUGGCGACCAAGAUCUACAUCGUGUACUACUCGACCUGGGGACACGUCGCAACGCUGGCGGAGGAGAUGAAGAAGGGCGCCGACUCCGUCCCUGGCGUGGAGGUCACCAUCUGGCGUGUCCCGGAGACGCUGCCGGAGGAGGUGCUGGGCAAGAUGCACGCUGCGCCGGCGCGCGAGGACCACCCCGUCAUCACGGCGCGGCAGCUGGCCGAGGCCGACGGCAUCCUGUUCGGCUUCCCGACGCGGUUCGGCAUGAUGGCGGCGCAGAUGAAGGCCUUCUUCGACACCACCGGCGGCCUCUGGCAGUCCGGCGCCCUCGCCGGCAAGCCCGCGGGCGUCUUCUUCGCCACGGGCACGCAGGGCGGCGGCCAGGAGACCACGGCGCUCACGGCCGUCACGCAGCUGACGCACCACGGCAUGCUGUUCGUGCCGGUCGGGUACACGCACGGCGCCGGCAUGUUCGCCAUGGACGAGGUCAAGGGCGGGAGCCCGUACGGUGCCGGCACCUUCGCUGGCGCCGAUGGCAGCAGGGUGCCCAGCGACGCCGAGCUCGCCUUGGCGGCGCACCAGGGCAAGUACUUCGCCGGCAUCGCCAAGAAGCUCAAGGUCGUUUGAAGUCUGAUCGCCAGUCGCCCCAUCAUAUCGUUAUCAAUUACACAGUUAUAAUGCACGAUCGAGUGCAAAGAUUACUUCGCACAUCAUAUCCAGUGGAGCAGGGUUUACACAAUUCUAUAGCUACUACAUUUAAUUUCUUGUUUGAAAUAAUAAUAGUAAUAAUAAUCCCCCGUGCA